AUGUCUUUUACGUCGGAGGCCAUCAUCGCCAGGGGUCCUUUCUCCGAAGGAAAAUGGGCCAUCGAACCUGUAACCCUCCGAGAGCUUCGUUCAGAUGAGGUUCUCGUUGAAGUUGUUGCUUCCGGUAUCUGCCAUACAGACUUGCAUUGCGGCAACACGCCCGAGGACAAGGGAGUUCCUGGCGUGUAUUACCCAAGGGUUCUUGGACACGAAGGCUCUGGCUACGUGGUUCGGGUUGGAAGCGGCGUUACCAAAGUCCAGGCCGGCGAUGCCGUCUUCCUUUCCUUCUCAUAUUGCGGAUCAUGCCACGUAUGCAAGACUGGACCCCCGUCUCACUGCACCAACUUUUUCGAACUUAACUUCAUUGGCGAACCCGUGUUCUCCGACGGAAUCGGCGGUCGCUUCUUUGGCCAGUCCAGCUUGGCUCACCACACCGUUGUGAGCGAUACGUCUGUCGUGAGCGCCGCCGGUCUUGGUCUCACUCGUGAUGACUUAAGGGUACUUGCACCGCUUGGCUGUGGUUUUCAAACUGGGAGCGGAACAGUCAUCAACGUUGCAAAAGCUGGAACCGAGGAUUGCAUCGCCAUUGCAGGCAUGGGAGGUGUGGGAUUGGCAGGUGUCAUUGCCGCGAAAAACCAGGGAUGCAAGACUAUCAUUGGAAUCGACCGAUUUGAAUCCCGUCUCCAACUGGCGAAGUCGCUUGGCGCGACGCAUGUCAUCAACACAACUGGGCUAGAGAUGGCACAAGUCACGGAGAAAAUCAAAGAGGCGGCAGAUGGUCUAGGAGCGACCAUCUGCAUCGAUACUAGUGCGCACCCGCCUCUCUUGAACGCCCAGAUUGAAGGCACACGUUAUAUGGGCAAGAUUAUCCAGGUUGGUACGGGCAUGCCGGAAUCUCACCUUACUCUUCACAUGCAAAGUUUUAUGGUCAGCGGUAAGCAGUAUUUUGGGGCUAUCCAAGGCCACGUUAAUACUGCGGAGUACAUUCCUCAGAUGGUUCAGUGGUGGAGAGAUGGAAAAUUUCCUGUCGAGAAGCUCAUCAAGGUUUUCGAGUCUGCCGACUUUGGUUCAGCUGUGGAAGCUAUGAAGCGUGGCGAUGUGGUCAAGCCCAUUAUUGCAUGGUCAUGA